ACACUCGAGUGGGAGGAGGUUGCAGCGGGGCACCCAUUGGGGGUGCUCUCUUAAAAAGAUACUGUAAAUAAAAAUAAAAACUGCAGUUAAAUAGAGAAUACUAUUGUUAGCUUAUUCAAGCCAUAUCAUCUCUCAAAGAAGCCAUAAGAUAAAAGUCACCUAACUUUCUCUCUAUCUCUCUCUCUCUCUCUCUAUAAAUUACCUACACCCCCAACUCCCACUCCCAUUCCCACUCCCACAGUCCCACUCAUUUCUCAUUUUAUUUACUCCUUUUUACCUAUCUUCUUCGUCUUCAACAAAAAAUAUCUCUAGCAAAAACAUCCAUCGAUCCUAUUUUUCAAACCAACAAUAAAAAUAAAAAAUAAAAGAAAUUGUAUAAAUCCAACUUAAUUUUCUGCAAUUUUAGCAAAACUACUUUCAAACCUAUCUGGAAAAAGAAUAUCUCAUAUUUCCAAUAUUAUGGGACUUCUCGACAAGCUAUGGGAUGAAACUCUAGCUGGUCCAACGCCGGACUCCGGCCUCGGGAAACUCCGCAAAUACAACUCUUUCUCCGCCAGAUCUGCCUCCGCACCGCCGCCGGAUCUGGUUCCUCCGCCCCCGAUCAACAAGGUUUCUCCGAGCAUCCCCGUUCCUCGAAGUGAUAUUGCUAAUUAUCGUAAUCUUACUGUUUCCGUCGACUCGCCGCCGCUCCCGUCGUCUCCGUCGUGCUCUGCCACUCCGACCUCGCCCUUUACACCAAAUACCCCUGGAGGGAGUUUUAAGAAGUUGACGAGGAGAAAAUCGGCAACUGCUGCUUUGCCAAAUUCUGUGGCCAAGUCUCCCACUGGUUAUGAUUGGUGGGUAUUUUUCUACACUUUUGACUUUCGCUGUACCCUUCUAUCAUUUUUGCUAAUUAGUCCUUCAAAGUUCAAUCCCAAUUCUCUUUGUUUAAUUUAUCAGUAAAAAUAAAAUAUAUUGAGGGGGUUGGGCUUCGUUUAAAACUAAUCGUAUUGUAUUUUAAUUGUCAAUUAAAUAUUAUUGUAAUACCUAAAAAAUAUCUUUGUAUGCGGACAAAUCAUUAUUAAUUCAAAAUUAAUAAUGAUAAUCCAUCAAUUAAAAUCUAUGAACUAAAUCAAUUCUAAUUACCCGAAUCAAUUUUCACAUAAUUAUAUCAUCCCACUAUAUAUACCAUAUAAAUUGUUAUGUGUGUUUGUUAGAUAACUACAAACUCAUUUCAUAGAUUUGUAUACUGCUUACAAAUUAAAAAAUAUGCAAAACCAGACUUAAGAUUGUUUAUUAGUAAUCUUUAUGCUAUAUUGUAGUGUACUCAUAACUUUUUAUAUAUGAACGUCUUCAUCGAUGUAUGUGAGAAAUAAGAUUGUUUAUUAAUUUUAUGCUAUAUUGAGAUAUUCAUUAAUUUCAACGUUCGUGUGGUUCGUGUAGUGUGAACCAUUCACAUAUUCUAAUAUGACACUCAUGUGAGCAAUUUGUAUUAUGCGGGCAUCCGUAUAAGAGAGCUCCCCUUACAUAUUCCAUACUUUAUUCUUUAGUUAGAACGCAUGCAUGAUAUUUAUUAAUGAAAUUGUAGUAUAACUCCACGGGGCUAUUUAGAGAUAAAACAAAAAAAUACUAGAUUUCUCUAAUUGCAUGGAAUUGUGAGAGUUAUUAUUUCUGACAUAUUAUUUGCCGUUAUUAAUAAUUAUACAUGACUUAAUUGUGAAAUUCUAACAUAAUUGUUAUUUUAGGAUUGUGCUGAGUGCUUUGGAUCGUUAAACAUCUUUUUUGGGGCGUGUUGAUCUUUGGUGGCGGCUUUGUGCAUCCAUGUGUGACGGCUACACGCGUCACAUGGAUAAGAUCGAUUGAAACCGAUCUUUUGUAGGCUCGGAAAGGGAGAGUUUAUCGAAUCAAACAUGUCUUUGUAUAAAUAUAUUAUGAUAUAUGCCCCUUUUAUGUACAUAUUGUUGUAAUAAAAAUGGUUUUCUUAUUUAAGUUAA